GUUUCUUUCGCCCUUUUUCCCCCCUUAUCACAACUAGUUUCUCCCUCUCUCUCUCCUACCGUGGGAUUAAAAUAUUGUUUUUUAACGAAAAAUUAAAUAAACAAUUUUGGAAAAAAUAAGAAAAAAAAAACGCGGCUGCUGUAUUCACCAAAAACAGAGACACGGUGAGAGGGAGAGAGAGAGAGAGAAAGACAAACUGUGUUCUGAUCGAUCCCGGCUAAGAUUCAACGUUCCAAAUAAUCGAAUACUGCUUUAUUGUUUUUUCGAUUAUCGGAGGUUGUGCUUUCAAUUUUGCAAUAAAUUAUUUUUUGUGAAAUUUAAGGCUGUGAUUUCUACGGGAGCUCGCGAUCGUGUAGAAUUUUUCAAAUUACUUGCGGGGGUGAUUGGUUUGGGUGGGUUUUUGAUUCUGAGGAAUGGAUCGAAGAGGGAGUGGGAUUUUGAUUGGGACGAAGGGUUCUCAAUGCGGAGGUUUAAGUUAGAGGGUUUGAUUUUUGUAUUUUGUUGUAUGUUUUUGGAUGAUUUCUGCAGGAGGUAGGGAUGCAAUAAAGGGGCUAGGGUUAGGGUUAGGGUUAGGAUUGGGAGCUGGGAGGAAAGAGAUGGUGGAGUCUGAGCUUGAGGAAGGUGAGGCGUGCUCGUUUCAGAACCAUGAAGAUUAUGAUGCCACCGUUGAUCCCGAUGUUUCCCUCUCUUACAUUGAUGAAAAACUUCAAGAUGUUCUGGGACACUUUCAGAAGGAUUUUGAGGGUGGGGUGUCUGCAGAGAAUCUGGGGGCAAAAUUUGGUGGCUAUGGAUCAUUUUUGCCCACCUAUCAGCGCUCUCCUGUUUGGUCUCAUCCAAGGACUCCACACAAAAAUUAUAGUCAAAAUACGCCCAGAUCUCCCAAUAAUUUGCAACCGGAGGGUGGGCAGGGGGAUGGUGUACAAUGUUCAACUGGAACUCAGUCAUCAAGACUUGGCCCAGGUUCUGGUAACUCCUCGAGGAUGGCUGCAAACAAGGGUCUCUCUUUAGAUGAUGGAACUAAUCAAGAAAAAUACAUGACAGCCACUAAGGCUGACACAUCCACUUCUAAGCAGGAGUCUCUAAACAAAAAAAUUUCUAGCACAUCAGACCAGAAGACACUGAAGGUUCGAAUCAAAAUGGGUCCUGAUAGUUUAUCAACAAGGAAAAAUGCUGCAAUAUACAGUGAAAUUGGGCUUGAUGUGUCACCAUCAUCAUCACUAGAUGACAGCCCCUCUGAAAGUGAAGGAAUUUCUCGUGGUCCUCAAGAUGCUCCUUUUGAAUCUCCAACCAUUAUCCUUCAGAUUAUGACAGACCUCCCUCAGCUAUUGUCACCUAUUCCCGAUGAUACCAUUGAGUUAACUGUAAAGGAAACACAUGCUAGAGAUAGCAUCCCUGGUCCUGUUCAUAUGGAUGACUUAGAAAGUUUUGACAUGUACGAAUCUAAUAAUGUAAAGGGAGACAGAAAGUUGUUAGGUGGGAGUGGGAGGAAAAUGAAAUCUCUGGAGGGUUGUGAAUCCUCAAUGGAAGUCAAGGGCUCUACAAAGAAGAAUGCUCGGAAUGAUGUUGGAGUGCUGUCAAGAAAGGAACAAAGUACAGAUGCAUUGACUAUGGAGGAGCUAGUUUCAAAAACUAUGAAGCUUCCACUUUUAUCCAGUUCAUAUUCUUUCAGUGAUGACUUGGUUAAGGCUGUGGAUGGGCAAUGUGAUUCAUUGAAGGAAGCCAACAAAGUUAUAGUGAGGGAGAAAACCUUCUCUGAUCAGGGACAAAAGGAACGGAUGGAGUCAACGUCUACUGAGGUGAAUGGUUUUGCUGAGAAGGCAAAGGGAAGUUCAGGAAGAAAAGUUGUGGGAGAUAAGGUUUCUCUUGAUGACUACCCAGUAAAGGAAAAUCACCAGGGAGAUAAAAAUUUCAACUCAAUGAUAGUUGAAAAUAAUGUUUCCAAAGUUAGGACAGAACCAAACACUGAAGAGCCACCUAAGAAGGCUAAUCAGAGAGGUAACCUCUCUGAACAAGAUGGUGUAGAACAUCCAUUUCCAGGGGGUAAGAAAAAGCCAAAGGGAAGUCAUGGCACCAUGGUUAUGGAGAGGGAAAAAGAAAACUUGAAGGUUGGAUCCUCUUUGGUUCCUAAAAUAAAAAAGAGUUCUGAUGAUAGUUCUGCAUCAAGAAAUGAAACUGAAGAUGCCAGAAUACAAAAAAGUCUUGGAAAGACUAGAGAUACUUACAAAGAUUUCUUUGGGGAAUUGGAAGAUGAGGAGGAUAGACUGGAUUCAUUGGAGACCCCUUAUGGAGAAAAACUGAAGGAAUCUGAGGUGGUCGAGAGGAGUGCACCUACGACUAGUUAUGGAGCAAAGGAGAGAUCUGGUGGUAAGAAAGUUGAUAAGCCAUUCACAGCUGAAAUAUACCCUAAAACAGCCACAAAUAUCUCAUGCACUGGAAAUGCCAAUGGCACUGACCUAGAGAAUGGUAAAGGGAUUCCUGUAAUGAUACCUCCUGUUGAGAUGGACGAUAAGUGGGUACAGUGUGAUCGGUGUCAGAAAUGGCGUCUUCUUCCCGUUGGAACAAAUCUUGACAGCCUACCUGAAAAGUGGCUAUGUAGUAUGCUUGAUUGGCUGCCUGACAUGAAUCGAUGUAGCUUUAGUGAGGAUGAAACCACUAAAGCACGUAUUGCAUUAUAUCAAGGGCCUCCUCUUGAUAGUCAAAGUAACCUGCAGAAUGUCUCCGGCAGUGUUAUGCUGGGAGGAACCAUGGCAAUGUCCCAGCAUCCUUACCAACACCAACUAAAUAAUGAUAUGCAUGCAGCACCUGGGGGCAAGAAAAAGCUUAUGAAAGAGAGAUCAAAUUCUAUAAAUAAAGACAGCUUUUCUCAAUCAUCAUAUUCUAUUAAGAAAAACUGGCAGUCAGCAGUGAAAAGUAGGAGCUUAAAUGAUGUGAACAAAUCUCCUGUUGUGAGUGAGGCUGAUGUUCCAGCAGACAAACACAAAAAUAAGCAUUGGAUGCUGGAGCACAAUUCUGAUAGAGGUGAUACGAAGAAUAUGAAAGUCAAAAGCAGGAAGGACCCUGAUCAAGAUAGUUCUAGGCCAUCCAAGAAAUCUAAGAGUGACAAGGUUCAUUCUACCAAUGAAGAGUGGAUUGUAGAACAGAGUGGGACUACUAGGAAGGUGGGUGAUCAUAGCUCAAAUAGCACUUUUCCAAAUACCUCAGUUGGCAAAGAUCGACAUAGACAGAAAGACCCCUCCUCUUUGCGGGACUCCAAAUCAGGAAAAGACAGGCUGCCAGUUUCUGCUGAAACGACAAAAGAUAAAGGUCAGGGUUCCUUGGAUGAGGGAUCCCUGGAUCUGGGGAAUUGUGAUUCAAUUGGUAGUGUGAAAAAGAGGAAACUGAAGGGGUAUCAGGAUGCUCAAACUUACAGCCCUGGUAACCCUCGCCUACAGGAGAGCAAAACUUCUGAGCACGAGUUUAGUAAUUCCAGGAAGGAAAAGAAGGCAAAAAAUUCAAAAUAUGAAGGUAAAGAAUCAAGUGCCAGUAAAGGCAGUGGUAGAUCUGACAAAAAAGUUAGUCAUACAAAGACCCAGAAAUUCAGGCAAAAGCCUGAGAGCAGUUUGUCACACCGGAGCUUGGAUGGAAUGGACUGUUCAAAAAGGGACUUGGGGUCUGUACAUGCUUCUGUUGCUGCCACUUCAAGCUCUUCUAAGGUUUCUGGCUCUCAUAAAACCAAAGCCAGCUUCCAGGAAGUGAAAGGCUCACCUGUGGAAUCAGUUUCUUCAUCACCUAUAAGAAUUUCAAAUGCAGAUAAGUUUACAAACAAGGAAAUUAUUGGGAAAGAUGAUCCUCAUGAUAUUGCUGCUGUGGAUAGUCCAAGAAGAUGCUCAGAUCAUGAGGAUGAUGGUGGGAGUGAUCGAUCUGGAACAGCUAAGAAGGAUAAAUCUUUCACCAUUGCCCAUAGGUCAGAUUUUCAGGACAAGGGUGUUAAUCACAUGUCAGAUACUAAACUUAAAGCUCAAACAACCAGCUAUUGUACCAAUGGGGGUGUGGACACUAUAGUCCUAGAUGGGACACAUCCAGGCACAGAGCAGAUUAAUCAUCCUGGUGAAGACAAGAUUGAUGUUUAUUAUGCUACUACAUCUCAAGCAAGGAAAAAUGGCAUAGAAUCAGGUUUGGAGGACAACAAUGUCAAUGACAGCUGUAAGUCAGAGUCCCAUGCAGAUAAGGUCAAGAGUACUAGUUCUCCAUGUCAACUGAAAGAUCAGUCUCCUCUACAUGAGGCAAAACAUAAGGAUGGAAAAAUUAAGUUGCAGGAGAAGUUUGGGUUCAAGCCUGACCAAAAUGAGAUUAUACAUGCUGGCAAGAAAGAUUAUACAGGAAAAAAUGAGAGCAGGAAUAAGGAGAAUCACUCGAAUCGGGGUCACGACUUUCAGGAUGUUAGUACAGAUGCCCCAUGCAAACAGGAGGUAUUUCAUGCUCCUAUUCAGAAUCAGUUUCCGGACUGUGAUACUGAAAGAUCCACAAAGAGGUCUCUUUUGGAAAGAACUGAUCAAGAAGUACAUGGAAAAGGGAAGCCAUUGUCAUCAUUGCCAUAUGAAGGAUCUCAAGUUGAGAUAUUAGGUCGUUGCCCACGACCAGUUGGCUUACUUAAAGGAAAUGGAGAUAUGGAAGUUGAUCCUUCCAAAGUUGAUGAUGUGUCAAAGUUACAAAAGAAGCAAUUGAAAAAGACUGACCAUCAAAAUGGAAAUCUGCAAAUUGGUUCAAGAAAUCCCAUACUUAAUGGUCACAAGUCCAAGGAGCUUGAUGCCCCUAGUCCAGCUAGAAGGGAUUCUUCCUCCCAUGCUGCUAACAAUGCUCUGAAAGAAGCUAAAGAUCUAAAACAUCUGGCUGAUCGUCUUAAGAAUACUGGAUCCAGCGUUGAGGGCACUAGUCUUUACUUCGAGGCAGCCCUCAAAUUUCUUCAUGGAGCCUCUCUGUUAGAAUCUGGCAACAAUGAUAAUGCUAAACACAAUGAGAUGAUUCAAUCAAUGCAAAUUUAUAGUAGUACAGCAAAAUUGUGCGAGUUUUGUGCUCAUGAAUACGAGAAAUCAAAAGACAUGGCUUCAGCUGCUCUUGCCUACAAAUGCAUGGAGGUAGCAUAUAUGAGGGUAGUAUAUUCUUCACACACUAGUGCAAGCAGAGAUCGGCAUGAGUUGCAGACAGCACUGCAAAUGGCUCCUCUUGGCGAGUCUCCAUCAUCAUCUGCCUCUGAUGUAGACAAUGCUAACAACUCUACAGCGGCCGACAAGGUCACCAUAUCUAAGAGUGUCAAUUCGCCCCAAGUAGCUGGAAACCAUGUUAUUUCUGCACGAAAUCGUCCCAAUUUUGUGCGAUUGCUCAAUUUUGCUCAGGAUGUUAAUUUUGCCAUGGAAGCCGCAAGGAAAUCACGGAAUGCUUUUGCAGCUGCUAAUUCAAGCCUGGCUGUGGACAAGAAUGCAGAUGGUAUCUCCUCUAUCAAGAAGGCUCUUGAUUUUAGCUUUCAAGAUGUGGAGGAGUUACUACGUUUGGUAAAAGUUGCUGUGGAGGCCAUUAAUCGUUAAAGGAUCCAUUUAAUCAAAAGAUGAUCCUAGCCCGUUAAGAACAUGUGUUUCUUGGUCAUGUAUAAUAUCUUCACUUUGACAAAAAGACGGUCUGAAUUAAAUUAUGAAGGGAAAGAUUCAUUUUGUUGGAUCUUGAUCUGGUCUUGCCAACUGGUGAAAGCUACUGUCUUUAUCAUAUGUUUGCCUUACACAGAUGGAAGUCUCAGUUUACAGUCAGAGGAAUUCAGUUGCUCUCUGUUGUGUACAAGAAUAAGCUCUUUGCAAACCUUGAGAUACGUGGGAGGCACUUGGAAGUAAACUUCUGUAAUGCAGAUUCUGAGCUACUUUUUUGUGCGGAAAGAUGCUACAUCCAGAUUAUGAAUUGAAGAUAUAAUAGGUGAAUGUGGGUAGACUUAGAAGUUUGAAACUAUUUGCUAUCUUUGUCCUCUUCUCAUUCUGGAGGGUUUAUUAUUUUGUCAAUGUGUAAAUGUAUAAAGUUGUAAUUUCUGGUGAGAGGUAGUUGUGGAUUUUGCAUUACUGCAAUCAUGCUUCUACCAGUGGGUACUGCACUUUCUCCUCUUGUCCAAUCUCUGCAGAAAGGAAAGUCAAAGAGAGCCAGGCUAAUGUUGUCUUGUACAAUGUCAGGAUUAGUGGUAGAACAAUACUCUUUACUCAUUUUAUUGUUGAUAGAGGCCAAGCUGAAAACAGAAAAGGAGGGAUGUACAGCAAGCAUUUUUUUAAAGUGGCAGGCAAUUAGCUGCAAAUGGAUUGUCAACUUAUAGGGAUGCAGUGGACGUGUAAAUAAACAUUAUAGAUUCAAGUUAGAGACAGUGCAAGCUGGUUGCUGUCUUCUUGCAGAAUCUGACAGGUUUGAGCAACUGAGGUAAAUUCCAGAUAGAGCUACAAUUGAGCUGGCCAAAUCUGUCUGUAACUGACCUUGGUGGAGUUCUUUUUAUCUAUUUUUUCCCCCUGCUUUUCCCUUAGUCAACAGUAUUACAUGUAUUUUUUUAUACAGUUGAUAGUAUUGGGCAUUUAAUUUUAAAAUUUGACUUUACUUACCUGUUCUUAUAAUGUACAUACUACAUUGCUUUAUUCAUCUACCUUUUAGUAAACGAGAAUCUCUCAUCCUUUAGGUUU